AUGGAUCCUAUGGAACUCACUGAUCUUCGGAACAAGCCACAAACUCUAAUUUCAGAACAUCACGAUUCAAUAAUGGAAGAUGUUGGUGAUUCUUUGUUGGAUUCCAUGCUCUGCGAUGCCAGUUCCAAACUCAUUGCAUCUGGGUUUACCAGAUCUGAAAACGAAGAUGAGUGUGUUAUGUUUGUAAAUGCGGGAGGGGAUGCUUUAACUGAAGCGGCUGAUGGAGUUAAGUUUCUGGGUGAUAUCUUUUUUGAUGGUGGGAAUGUUUUCCGCACCAACGAGCAAAUAGUGGAAGGUGGAGAUUACCCGUCUAUAUAUCAGUCAGCUCGGGUGGGAAGUUUUUGUUAUAGAAUUGAGAACCUUCCUCCUGGACACUAUCUUGUUGACCUUCAUUUUGUUGAAAUCAUUAAUGUAAAUGGGCCAAAAGGAAUGAGGGUGUUCAAUGUUUACAUUCAAGAGGAAAAGGUUCUAUCCGAAUUGGAUAUAUAUGCAGUUGUUGGAGUCAACAAGCCACUGCAAUUGAUAGAUUCUAGGGCCACUGUGAAGGAUGAUGGGGUAAUUCUCAUAAGAUUUGAAAGUUUAAAUGGAAGCCCAGUUGUUAGUGGGAUUUGCAUUAGGAGAGCGUCAGUUCCACCAGUGACAAGUGAUUUCAUUCAAUGUAACUACUGUGAUGCGCAGAUUGAAAUCUCUUCAUCUCAGAUGAAAGUACUGCAGACAAAAUCUACAGCAAGGUAUGAGAAUAAGAUAAAGGAGCUCACGAUGCAGUGUGAGCUCAAAGCAAAGGAAUGUUAUGAGGCAUGGACGUCAUUAACUGAAACAAGUAGGAAAGUGGAAGAAGUCCAGACAGAGCUUGACCAAGUGACAUUUAUGUCACUCACUACUGAACAAACUGUGGAGAAACAAACUGAGAAUCUGAGGAAUAUUUCUAUCAGAUAUGAACUUGAUAAGAAGAAAUGGGCAGAAGCAGUUACCAGUUUAGAUGAAAAAAUAAAGUUGAUGAAGAGUGAUCAGGCUCAGCUUUCCCUUGAAGCACAUGAUUGUGUCGAUUCAAUCCCUGAAUUAAAUAAGAUGGUUUUUGCAGUUCAAGAAUUGGUUAAGCAGUGUGAAGAUCUCAAAUUGAAGUAUUACGAAGAGAUGACAAAGAGAAAGAAGCUAUUCAACGAAGUUCAAGAGGCUAAAGGGAACAUUAGGGUUUUCUGCCGUUGUCGACCAUUGAAUAAGGUUGAAAUGUCUGCUGGAUGUACAACAGUUGUGGAUUUUGAUGCAGCAAAGGAUGGAUGCCUUGGAAUUUUGACAACUGGCAGCUCCGCCAAAAAAACAUUCAGAUUUGACAGGGUUUAUACACCAAAAGCUGAUCAAGUUGAUGUUUUUGCUGAUGCAUCAUCGAUGGUAAUCUCUGUGCUGGAUGGCUACAAUGUUUGCAUCUUUGCUUAUGGACAAACAGGAACAGGAAAAACAUUUACUAUGGAAGGAAUAGAGGAGAAUCGAGGAGUCAAUUACAGAACUUUGGAACAUUUGUUUAGAGUUUGUAAGGAAAGGAGUGAAACAUUUUCCUAUGACAUAGCCGUUAGUGUGCUAGAGGUUUAUAAUGAACAAAUCAGAGACCUAUUGGCUACUGGACCAGCAUCAAAAAGAUUGGAGAUAAAACAAAGUGCUGAAGGAUAUCAUCAUGUCCCUGGUGUUGUAGAAGCCAAGGUUGACAACAUAUGUGAUGUGUGGAACGUACUGCAGACUGGGAGUAAUGCUAGAGCAGUUGGAAGUAAUAAUGUUAAUGAGCACAGUAGUCGAUCUCAUUGCAUGCUAUGUAUAAUGGUUAAGGCUAAAAAUUUGAUGAAUGGUGAGUGUACCAAGAGCAAGCUUUGGCUUGUGGAUUUGGCAGGUAGUGAGAGACUUGCAAAGACUGAUGUGCAAGGGGAGCGACUUAAGGAAGCACAGAAUAUUAAUCGAUCUCUUUCUGCUCUUGGAGAUGUGAUAUCCUCUUUAGCUGCAAAAAGUAGUCACAUUCCGUAUAGGAACUCUAAAUUGACGCAUUUACUUCAAGAUUCACUAGGAGGCGACUCAAAAACUUUGAUGUUUGUACAAAUAAGUCCAUCAGAUCAGGACGUAGGUGAGACUCUGAGCUCACUUAAUUUUGCAACUAGAGUGAGGGGUGUUGAGUUAGGCCCUGUUAAGAAGCAAAUUGACACCAGUGAACUUCAAAAGACAAAAGCACUGCUUGACAAAGCACGAAGUGAGUGCAGAAGUAAAGAUGAAUCUAUGAAGAAACUAGAAGAGAGUUUGCAAACCAUUGAAAGUAAGGCCAAAGGAAAGGAUAGUAUCCACAGAAGUCUACAAGAAAAAAUUAAAGAACUUGAAGGCCAGAUUGAGCUAAAAACAUCUAUGCAAAACCAAUCAGAGAAACAAAUUUCUCAGUUAUGUGAAAAGUUGAAGGGAAAAGAAGAAACCUGCUGUACACUCCAACAUAAGGUCAAAGAGCUAGAGAAAAAAAUAAAAGAACAACUGCAGACGGAGACAGCCAAUUUCCAACAGAAGGUUUGGGAUCUAGAAAAGAAGCUGAAAGAUCAGUUUCAAGGGUCUGAGUCUGAAUCUUCCUUUCUAAAAGAUAAGAUCAUGGAGCUUGAGAGAAAACUGAAAGAGGAGCAGAACUCAGCGUCCAUGCUUAAACAACAGAUGAAGGAACUAGAGGAGAAAUACAAAGAGCGAGAGCAACAGUGGCAGCAAACUCACCAAGUUGAAGCAGUAAAAGUGGUGGCCACACCUGAGAUAGUUAGAAGCCACGCAAAUGACGAAUGCCCAAAUGAGUUCGAGGCUCGCAUUUUAUGUAGUUCAAACUCGGUAAACCGGCCGACAAAUCAGAGUUCUGCUUUGUUAAAAGGGAAUGAUUCUACACACCCUAUGAGAAACAAAAGGCAGUUCAGAAGCAACGAAGUUGAGAACCAUUAUGCCAUGCCACGGACCUCUUUACACGAUAGAAAAAUCACAAGGAAAUCUGAUCCACCUAAAAUUGUAAGGACUGGUAGGCUAGCAACUAAACCGCCAGUUAUUACCAAUCAAGCUCCUGUGUCUCAUAAGAGAGCUAGCACAAGCAGAGAUCAGGCUCAAGGAGUUAAAGAGAGGGAUAGCAAGAAAAAAAUAUGGUCAUGA